AUGCAUGAUUUGACAAAGAAUCACAUCUUAGGUGCGACCAUUGCAGAUAUACACGUCAUCGAAUUUCAGAAGAGAGGAUUGCCUCAUAUGCACCUUUUGUUGUUUUUAGCGGAAGAAGACAAAAUAAGAGAUGCAGAGUGCAUCGACUCGCUGGUGUGUGCUGAACUUCCAGAUGCUACUCGACAUCCGGAGCUACACAACAUUGUGAAGUCAUCGAUGAUUCACGGACCCUGCGGUGAACUGAAUAGAAACUCUCCCUGCAUGAGUGAUGGUGUAUGUUCGAAAGGAUUUCCGAAACCGUUUCAGGCAGAAACUAAAGAGAACGUGAAUGGCUACCCACUCUACAGAAGAAGGGACGAUGGAAACUUUAUCGUGAUCAAGGGUCAUGCCAUCGAUAACAGAUGGGUCGUUCCUUACAAUCCGUAUUUAUCGAAAAAGUACAACGCCCACAUAAACGUUGAAGUAUGCAGCUCCAUAAAAUCGGUGAAGUAUUUGUUCAAAUACGUGUACAAGGGUCAUGAUGCAGCUAAAGUUGUUCUGGAAGAAUCUGGAGAUAGAACUUUAAUGUGGGACGAGAUCAAAUGCUUCUUAAAUGCAAGAUACGUGUCUGCCCCUGAAGCAGCGUGGAGGCUGGGAUAUUGGACACAUACAACACUAUUGACACAAUAUGAGCUAUAUCCACACAAUGAUGGAACAAGGUGUGCAGCAGAUGCAAGACAUGGGCAUGAUUCACAUGAUAUUUGA